AGAGCUGCCUAGGUUUGUUGGUUUGAAAUAUCAUCCACCCUUCAAAGAAGUUCAGGGAGAACAUUUAGUUAAUGAUUCAGACUGGAAUAAAAUGGUUGAGGAAUGGGGGAGUGUGUCUUCCACUUACAUUCCUAUAUAUGUUGUUGAACUGCUGGAGCCCAGUGCAUUGCAAAUGAUGGCAGUGGCUGUUGAUUCUAGUUUCCAGAAUGGUCAUGAGUCGACUAUAACUUCAAUUGAGCAAUGGGCUGACAACUUGCUUGUAACUCCUACUUCUCCAAGUAAAAGCAGUAGGAAUCUAGAAUUUAAACUAGGGUCAUUUAAGAAAUCCAAGUUACCUGUUAGGAAGCAGCCAAGAAGGUCAGAUGAUGAAGUAAGCCCCUCAUGUUUCAGAAAUGUUGAUGAUUUACCACCAAACACUGAAGAAGAAAGAGAUGAUGUUGACAGUGUUAGGACACCUAAGAAGAGAAAGAAAAAUUCUAUAGGAUGUGGAAGAAAAGAAUUUGAAAUAACUGAAUUGAAUGUGAAAUUGUUUGCAAAGGAAUUGAAAGGUCUAGAAGCAUAUGAUCUUCCUAGUCUGUGCAAGCCCCAGAUUACUCCCCUAGAUCUGUUCUUUGAAGAAGUUGUGCCUCCCAAUGAAAGUGAUGGUGCUGAUGAAGAGGAAUGCAGUGAAGAUGAUGAUGAAGGAAGCCGGUUUGAUGGUGAUGAGGAAGAGUGCUCAAGUAGUGUGGAUGUGUCUCUGGAUGAAGAGUGCUCAAGCCAGUUUGAUGCUGAUACUAAUAAUAGAAUGAAGUUGGGUCAUGUGGAAGAGGAUGAAGAUGGGAGUGGAAGUCAGUUGAUUGUGGACAAAAUGGCAAAGAUUUUCAAUACUGGCAGGUUGUGGCUUAGAAGUACAAAUGAAAAAGUAGAGCUGAGGGAGGGUGACAUAUUCAGCUCAAAAAAAGAUUUUCUAAGGGUGAUGAGGGAUUACAUUAUCCAGAAAGGUAUUUCUCUAAGAAAGAUUAAGAAUGAUAAAAGAAAAUACACUCAAACAUGUGCCAAUGAGAAGUGCAAAUUCAGGAUUCAUGCUUCUGUUCUUGUUGAUGGUCAUUCAUGGAUGAUUAAAACCCUAAUUGAUGGCCAUGUUUGUUCAGUUAAAGAGCACCACAAAAGGGCAGGAGCAUCUUGGGUUGCAACCCAUUUGCUUGAAGACUUUAGAAGCAAUAAGGAGAUGAAUGCUACCACUGUGAAAAAGCUAAUAUUAAAAAGGUUCAAUACUUACAUUCCAAAUUACACUUGCUGGAGAGGCCUAAAAUUGAUGAGGCAAAUUGUGGAAGGGAGGCAUGAGGAUGGCUACAAGCUUUUACCCCAAUACAUGGAGGUGUUUAGAGGUAGAAAUCCAAAUUCUGAGUGCUUCAUAAGGUGGGAGGAGAUAGGGCCAGGCAGGAACCCCAUAUUUAGAAGGUGUUUAUUAUGUAUAGGUUCAGCCAUCAAAUCUUUUAAGGAAUAUUGUUGGCCAUUGAUUGGUAUUGAUGCAUGUCAUUUGAAGGGCCCAUACCAAGAAAUUCUGUUGACAGCAAUGGGUUUAGAUGGAAAUAAUGGACAGUUUCCCUUGGCUUAUGGUGUAGCUGAUACUGAGGAUGAAACAGAGUGGGGUUUUUUCCUUCAUGGGUUAGCAGAGGGGCUAGGGUGCAGUCAAGAUGCUUCUAGGUACACUAUAAUUUCUGAUAGGCACCAGGCCAUAAUAAAAGGGCUCAGCACUGUUAUGCCAAGAGCUUCAAGGAGGAUAUGUGUUUUACAUUUCUAUAAAAACUUUGCUUCCAAAUUUCCAGGUGCAUGGUUCCAUUCAUUUUUCUAUAUAGUUGCAAAUACCUUCUCAGAGUAUGUGUUCAAGAAAGGUAUGGAGAAGAUAAAGGAGGAAGACAGUGAAGCUUAUGAUUGGCUUGAGACAAAUGAGCCAAAGACCCAUUGGGCAAGGCACAAAUUUUCUGCAGCCUUGAAGUGUGAUGAUAACACAAACAAUUUUGUGGAAUCAUUCAACAAGGCUAUUGUAGCACACAGAGCAAAGCCUACCCUACAAAUGUUGGAGGAAAUCAGAAAAUUGGUAGGUUCAAGGUUUGAAAAAAGGUUUUCAAUGGGAAGGACUCGAAGGAGUUGGUCCACUGAAGUCACCCCUUAUGUAGACAAGAAACUUAGGGCCUUAGCAAUGGAUUCUAGGGUCUGUUAUGAAGUGAUAGCAGCAGACAGAGGUGAGUUUGAUGUUCUUGAUGGGAACACCAAUUUUACAAAUUACAAGAGACUGUAUGAUGCCAUAAUACACCCUAUUCCAGACCCAUGUAUGUGGGGGACAAGCACACUGCCAGAACUAGACCCACCAAAAACUAUGAAAAAGAAAGGUAGACCCAAGAAACACAAGAGAAGAGAUGGCAUUGAUGACCUGAUUGCAAAGAAGAAUGGGCAAGCUCAUGGAACAAAGCGUUGCAGCAAGUGUAAACAGUUGGACCACAACCAUAGGACGUGUGGCCAAAGUAGAGAUCCUAAUGGGAAAUUAAUGAAGAUGUACAGCAGGAAGAAGAAGAAAGCUUGUGAGCCUGAUAAAAAUAUCUUAGAUCAUGUCUGAAGUAAUGAAGAUGUAAUAUGUUUUUUGUAUCCAUUAUGUUAUCAACCAAUGUAACUGGUACUUAUACAGUGGUGUAUAAAGCUUUUGUUUUUUG